UUUUCAUAUCUGGCAUCCUAGCGCUUGUGUUGGCCUGUACUCUGUCCUGCGGGCUGUGUAGACAGGCAAACUGGGGAGGGACAUUUCUGCACACCUCUUGAGUUUCUUCAAAGAGCUGCAGAGAGACACAGGGGAGGAGGGAGAUCACAGAGAAGGGGGGUAGAGAGGCGAAAUCAUCCCAUCCUCCGCUUGUGAGCAAGGCACUGGUGCUUGAAUCCCGUUUUUUUUUCCUCCAAACCUCGGCACUCAAAUGUAACAGGAUAAAAAUGCUGAAGUUCUUCUCUCCGCGGGAUGACGAGAAUGAAAGCCUUCUGGGAGCAAUAACUGAGGAUGAAGGAGACAAUCCGUCUAUCCAGGACACCAAGCACCACUGGAUGAACAGACCCUGCCUGCUGGUGCUCAAAGAUGGGGACGUGUCAAAACCAGGUCUGGGCUGUGGCCAAAUACGACCAGAAUCUCCGUCUAAGACCUCAACGGAUGCAUCCGUCAGAAGCAGCUUUGGGCCAUGUGAGCAGAAACCAUCUGAACAUCCUGCCAAAACUGCUUCACCCUCCCAGCUGGAGGAGGGCAGCUGCACUGUGACCGCCAUCUCCACAUGGGGUGAAAGUUGUUUCAGGGAGUCUCCCAGCCCCCUGGUGCUGAGUCCUGCAGAGGCUGCAUGGCCUGAAGAGGAGGAGGAGGAGGAUGAGGAUGAGGAGAUGAUGGCAGAGGAGAAGAAACCUCAGGUCCUCCCAUCAAAGGAGGACUCUGUGAUCGAGGAGAAGGAGCUUGAGGAGAGCAGGCUGGAGCAGCCCUGCAGCUCGGAGGCGACUGCAGGAUCUUCUCUCUCACACGAGGAGGCAAAUGGCAGGGAGCUCCAGAGCCAGUUUAACAUAGUCAGAUCUAAUGGAGGAGAUGAGACAGACAGCAGCAAGGCCCAGGCAGCCAGUGAGGAGGGAGCGAUGGGGGACUGCGCAGCAUCCCCUGUGGAUCCUGACAAUGAGUCCGAUUUGAGUCCUGUUGGCAUCUUGUCCAAGGAUCGAGGCGCUGUCCUUGGGGAGGUCGCUCCAGUGUGGGUUCCUGAUGCUCAGGCACAGGUCUGCAUGAAGUGUGGGGUCAAGUUUACAUUUACUAAGAGGAGGCACCACUGUCGUGCUUGUGGGAAGGUUUUUUGUGCACUUUGCUCCAAUCUGAAGUUUAGACUCACGCAUCUGGAUGGCAAAGAGGGACGAGUCUGCAUUUCCUGUCAUUCAACCCUCAUCAAAAGGACACCUCCAAGGGGGAAAAGGAGGGUGUGGUUUGCAGAUGAAAUCCUCAAUAAGCAGUCAGAGUCUGCUCCAACCACACCAGUCAGAGGGCCUGCCUUCUCACCGCUGAUGAGACGAGCGCUGGGCGGGCCGGUUAAAAGUCCUGUGGGUUCACCACAGAUCAGGAGAGCCUUGCGGCCACAUGGAACUAAUAUUAAUGAGGCCUGUGGUCCUUACGGCUGGGGCACUACAGCUUUAGUGAGCAGCUCUGCCAACCUCAUCCCCCUGGAGGGUCUGCCACCGAUCCUCACCUCCACAGGAGUCAAAGGAGAUUACACUGUGGAGGAGCAGCCCUCUGAGAUGUUGCUUAUUCAGGAGUUGGAGAGCGGCAGGCCCAAGCCGCUGGUGUUUGUCCUCAAUGCCAACCUACUUGCUAUGGUCAAGAUGGUCAACUAUGUUAACAGGAAGUGCUGGUGCGUGACGACAAAGGGUAUGCACGCUGUGGGCCAGGUGGAGGUGGUGGUGCUGCUGCAGUGCUUGCCUGAAGAGAAAAGCUUCCCCAAAGACAUUUUCAGCCACUUCAUCCAGCUGUACAGGGACACCCUCACAGGAAAGGUUGUGAAACAUCUGUCGCUGUCCUUGUUUGGCAAUAGCUUCCUGGGCAGUGAGGAACAUGCUGGCUUCCUGUACAUUCGACCAACUCUCCAGUCCCUUCAAGGUCUACCUCUGCCAAACCAGCCCUACCUCUUUGGCCUGCUGGUCCACAGAGCAGAGGUGGCCUGGGCCAAAGCCUUUCCCUUGCGUCUCAUGCUGCGACUGGGGGCAGAGUAUAGAUUUUAUCCAUGUCCUCUGUACAGCGUACGUCUGAGGAAGCCCCUGUUUGGGGAAAUAGGCCACACCAUAAUGAGACUGUUAGUGGACUUUAGGAAUUACCGUUACAGCCUACCAAUGGUGCCGGGGCUCACUGUGGAUCUAGAGGCUCAGAGGACCUGCAUAAAGAUACCGACCAACGGGUAUAAUGAGCUAAUGAAGGCUUUGAAUAAGUCCAAUGAGCAUGUGCUGGCUAUUGGAGCGUGCUUUAAUGAGACUGCAGACUCCCACCUCAUCUGUGUGCAAGGAGACGAUGGCCAGUACCAGACCCAAGCCAUCAGCAUCCACAAUCAGCCACGCAAAGUUACCGGAUCCUGCUUUUUUAUAUUCAGCAGUGCAUUGAAAGCGUCUGCAGGGUACCUUGCCAAGUCCAGUAUAGUAGAAGACUGUUUGUCUAGGCGUGUGUACAUGUUUAUGCGUGUGAGUGUGCGUGUGUGUGUGUGUUUGUUUGUGUGUGUGUGGCCAUUGGUGUCUGUUUGUGUGUUUCUCCUGUAUUGCUGUCCCCUCUCCCCAGAUGGGCUAAUGGUGCAGAUCACCGUGGAAACCAUGGCGGAGCUGCGCCGGUCGCUACGGGAGAUGAAAGACUACACCGUCACCUGUGGACGCCUUGACCAAUCAGACAGCCAGGAGCUUGUUUGUGUACAAUGGGUGGAGGAGAAAUGCACUGUGAACAAGGGAGUUAUAAGUCCCAUUGAUGGGAAAUCCAUGGAGUCCAUCAUCAGUACGAAGAUGUUCCAGAAGUCAGAAUACAAAGAAAAUGGAAAGAUCAUCCGCUGGACAGAAGUGUUCUUCCUGCAGAGGGGAGAUCAUCCCAAAGGAGGAGCGACCGACUCGGCUGAACAUAACCGGUUAACAGAGCGGAUUGCCCGGGCUUUUUGUGUGGCACUGUGUCCACACCUCAAACUUUUAAAAGAGGACGGAAUGGCCAAACUGGGGCUACGUGUCGCUUUUGAAUCUCAAGAGGUGGGAUUUGUGGCCGGGAGCAAUGGGCAGCCUCUCCCAGCUCAGUACCUCAACGCCCUGGAUAGCGUGCUGAUUCCCGUCAUACAUAGCAGGGGGCGCAAGAGGGGAGAUGAGCCUAUUGUGAUGGAGCUCAUCUUUUACAUCCUGGAGAACAUCACUUAGAACCAACACACACCCGACUAUUUCAUCUUUUUAACCCUGACCACAACUCUGUAUCUGGCACUUCUCAUCAGUGCCGCCAUCGGUUUCAGCGCAAUAAAAGCAUUCAAAGGGCGAACCAGACCACAUCCAAGGUCUGCAUUCAUCUCACCCACUCACAAGUAGAGAGAAGUGGUCUGACUCUUAGUGGUUUUCUGAUCUCACCCUGCCAUGCAGCAGACAAUCUGGGUACGCAUGAAACCUAGGAUGGACGAUCAGAUCAGGGUACUGCACUCUACAGUAGUAGCAACUUCAUAGCUUGAUAUUCAUUCAUGUCAAUGUUCCAUAACUUCCAUAAUGAAAAAUACCUUUAAAGUGGGAGCUGGAUUCAGCCCCACAACCUUAAAGCAAAGACAUAAAGAGAAUGACUUGAAGUACUGUAUGUAGUAGAUCUGUAGCAAUUUGAUGCACACUGAACGAAUGCCUAAAGAAUGUUUUCAUACUGGAUGUAUUUUAAUCGAUUGCUCAUGAAAUGUAACGUCAGCCUCGAAUUAAACUUGCACCAAUAAA